UUGAUGUCAUGAUCCACUUUGUCUUAUUCACUGAUUCUUAACUUGUUAUGAAUGUGAUUGUGGUUUCUGAUGUGCUCUGUAUUACAGUGGUACAGGGUCAGAAUGACUGGAGAGUGACUUACACUUCUACUCAGAUCUGUGCCUUAAAAGGAUCAACAGUGAACAUAAACUGCACCUACAGAUACCCAUCCAGAAUAAAUGACAAUGAUACUGAAGUUGAGAGAAUAUUCUGGUAUACUAAAUUGAGUAAUAAAGAACCUGUGGAUCUGAGAACAGACUCAGAGUAUUCAGGUCGUGUUCAGUAUCACUGUGAUAAGAACGACUGCACUCUGAGAAUCACAGACCUGAGAGAGAGCGACUCAGCUGAGUACAAGUUCAGGUUCAUCACAAACCAAGGAGGGAGAUUUACUGGUUCACCUGGAGUCACUUUGACUGUCACAGAUCUCCAGGUGCAGGUGAGCAGAUCAACAUUCAAUCCUUCCUGGGCAGAGCUGAAGUGUCACAGCAGCUGUCAUCUACCUGAUGGUUCUUCCUACAUCUGGUACAAGAAUGGACAGGACAUAUCGGGACAAACAUCUAAUUCUUAUUCAGGCAGCUUUGAUUCUACAGACAGCUAUUCCUGUGCUGUGAAAGGCCAUGAGAAGUUCCCCUCUCCUUCACUGUCGGGUCACUGGGGAGUGAUGUACUCUUCUACUCAGAUCUGUGCCUUCAAAGGAUCAUCAGCGAAGAUAAACUGCACCUACAUAUACCCAUCCAGAAUAAAUGACAAUGAUACUGAAAUUAAGGAAACGUUCUGGUUUACUAAAGGGCCUGAUAAUGACCCUGUGAAUCUGAGAACAGAUUCAGAAUAUUCAGGUCGUGUUCAGUAUCACUAUGAUAAGAACGACUGCACUCUGACAAUCACAGACCUGAGAGAGAGCGACUCAGCUGAAUACAAGUUCAGGUUCACAACAAACAAAGGAUGGAAAUAUUCUGGUUCACCUGGAGUCACUUUGACUGUCACAGGUAACAUUUUCAUUUUAAAUUGAGCAAAACAUUAGUUCAGGCAGAGCACAGAGCUUUACCAGCUGCUUGGCUACCAGCUGACUAAUA